UAAUAAUUUCCAGAGUGAAAGAAGAGGCUCGGAAACGAAAAGAAAAUCAAAAUAAACUUAUAUAAAACCUGUGUACCUUUGAAGAACCAAAUCAUUUGUGAGUGCAGUCGCCAAAACACAGUUUACAUGCCAGUUGUCAACAAGUAACACAGUUAUAGACAUGGUGCUGGAUCGACGUUAUUCUAUUGAGCCUAGCAGCCAAUUUAAGGGAAAAAUCUUUGGUUAUCGGCAUCUACAAUGUCUGCUGCUUUUUACGGGAUUCCUUUUGGUUUUCGCGACGCGCGUCAAUCUCUCAAUUGCGAUCGUGGCGAUGAUGGAUAAUAAGGCGGCAAAUCCGGAUUUUCCCGAAUACGCGUGGUCCGAGCAAACCAAAUCGCAUGUACUCAGCAGCUUCUUCUGCGGUUUCAUUUUGCUGCAGAUACCCGGCGGUGCUUGGGCGCGUCAUCUCGGUGGCCACAUUUUGAUGCUGGUCAGCAUUGGUGUGAGCAGUGUUUUAGCGCUGCUGACGCCGCUAAGUGUGAGCAUCGGCGGUUGGCCUCUACUGUGUGCACUGCGUUUCACGCAGGGUCUGCUACAGGGUGUUAUAUUACCAUCGGUUGCAACGAUUUUGGCCAAAUGGGCACCCGUCGAAGAACGCAGCGCCAUGCAAACAUUUAUCUACUCUGGUGCACAGUUGGGCAUUGUGGUUAUGUUGGCUACAAGUGGCAAUCUGUGCUUAUCGCGUUGGGGUUGGCCGAGCACCUUCUAUUUGCCUGGCGCUUUGGGCUUAAGUUGGUCUCUACUUUGGUACUUAUUUGGUGCGAGUACGCCACGCGACUGUAAGCAUAUUUCGAUGGAAGAGCGCGCUAUGAUUGAAAACUCGUUGGGACAUGAUAAAAAGGCAGGAAAGGAAAUAGAUGAGAAACAUCCAGUGCCAUGGAAACGUAUUUUUACAUCCAAACCAUUCCUAGUGACACUCGUGAAUAGCUGUGCUAACGAUUGGUGCUUUUGGACUUUGCUCACACAAAUACCAUCGUACAUAAAAAGUGUACUCGGAAAAGACAUCAACAGUAAUGCAUUGAUCUCAGCGCUACCAUAUAUGUCUAUGUUUACUUUGUCUAUGAUACUCUGUCCCAUUGGCACUUGGUUAGAGAAGUCGAAACGUCUGAACCCCACUGUAAGUCGUAAGAUAUUCAAUACAAUCGGUCUGUGGGGUCCAGCAAUAGCGCUGAUUUGUUUGGGUUAUUUGCGUCAAGAUCAAGGUGAUCUGGCAAUUGGUUUGCUAACGGCGACCAUCACCUUUAGCACGCAUGUGAAUUUUGGCUUUGCGGUGAAUCAUCUGGACUUGGCGCCGAAUCUAGCUGGCACUCUGCUCGGCAUUGCUAAUUGUGGUUCCAAUAUGACGGGUAUCAUAGCACCACUCGUUGUCGGUUACAUUGUCACUGAAGCGACAAAUAUCCAUCAAUGGCGCAUAAUAUUCUUUCUUUCCGCUGGCAUUACCUUUGUCGGUAAUCUCUUCUUUCUCAUUUUCGGCACAGCUAAGGUGCAGCGCUGGAAUGAGCCACCACGCGAAGUUACUCCAAUUGAGCAACUAGAGCAACUGGUCGAUGGUUCGGGCGAGCCUCAGUACGCAGCUGUAGAAACCGAAGAUGGAGAUGGAGAUGUUAAAAAAAUUGAUGUGGAACGGAGCACCGUUUAAAUUGCCUUUAUGGAUAAAUUUUUUUAAAAAAAUGAGAAGUUCGAAAUCUUCAUUAAUCAAAUAUCUAAAAGUUUGAACGUUGAAACCGAAGCCUUUUGAGCAAGACAACUAUUUGGUAGGCCUUCAUUGUGUAUCAGAUAAACGAGAUGAUGGUUGAUGACCUUGUACACAUAUACACUUACAUAUAAGAGAUUUGCUGUUGAUAAAACUUCAGUUGCACUGAUACUUUUACUGUUGCAUUUACGGAGAGAUAAAUAAAACAUAUGUGUAUAAGUUAACGCUUGAGAAUUAAUUAAACAAC